UUGGGGCGGAGCGAGAAGUUUAAAUAGGCACAGAAAUAAAUGAAUGACCACACGCACGCACACCCCGAAACUCAGCACGCACCCGAAUCUCUCCACCAGGAAUUUGGAGGGGCAACGCAACCCCCCCCCCCCGCAGGCGAUCGCCUGGUUGGCGAAGGCUGCGCCGCAGAAAAACGCACCAAGAAUGACGGAGAAGCGGGGCGGGGGGGUGCGGUUUAAAGAGAGCCGCUUCCAAACUUGCGGCGGGGGUGGGGGCGCCCGUCCGGCUGGCAAACCUCAGGCCUUCUGCCCGAUGCGCCCCCCGCCCUAAACGCGGUCAGCAGUAGCACCUCCACCCCCACCCCCAAGCAUAGUUCCCCCAGCCUGCUCUUCGGGGCUGGAAAGCGGGGCUAUGCGGGGGCGGGGGGGGGAGCUUUGCUUUCGCAUCUUUGUUGUUUCCACCUCUCUGCGGAGAGUGGCCGGGUAUUUGCCCGGUGGCGCUGGGGAGGUGAGGGGUCAGGAUUGGGUCCUCCUCCGGUUGCUUGGAGUUUGUUAGUGCCGGGCAGGGGGUUUCUCAAGCUUGGGUCUCCGGGUGUUGCUGGACGACAAAGGAGUCUUCGUUCAUGGCGGCGGCGGCGGAUGAUAGGUGGUGUAGUCCGGCAGCAUCUGGAGGCCCAAGCCUGAGACCCCCUGGCCUAGCCAGGCAGCAAUGCUCCACCACAACCCGGCGGCGGCAGCGGCAGCCAUGGAAGCGCGCCUGCAGCAGCGACAGCAGCAGCUGCUGGUGCUGCUCAGCGCUUCCUCCUCCGCCAGGCCCUUCGCCCCGCUCUGGCCGCCCUCCAACGCCUCUGCGGCGGCGGCUGCAGCUGCGGCGGGCGGGGGCCCCUCGGAGCUGCCUGCCGCGGCCGGUGGCGAGGACGCGAGCGGCGGCAGCGGGGCCGGCGCGGGCGGCAGCGGCGGCGGCGGGAGCGGCAGCGGCGGCGCAGGCGGGGAGACCUCCACGGCGGCGGCGGGCACGGCGGCGGCGGCGGUGAGCGCCUGGGACAUCGCGCUGUGCGCCACGGGCACGGCGGUGGCCUGCGAGAACGCGCUGGUGCUGGCCGUGCUCUUCUACACGCCCAGCCUGCGGGCGCCCGCCUUCCUGCUGGUGGGCAGCCUGGCGCUGGCUGACCUGCUGGCCGGGCUGGGGCUGGUGGCCAACUUCGGCGUGCAGCACCUGCUGGCGCCCCCCAGCGAGGCGGCGGCGCUGGCCGCGGCGGGGCUGCUGCUGGCCGCCUUCUCGGCCUCGCUCUGCAGCCUGCUGGCCAUCACCGUGGACCGCUACCUGUCGCUCUGCAACGCGCUCACCUACCACGCGGAGCGCAAGCUGGCCUCCACGGCCGCGCUGCUGCUGCUGGGCUGGCUGGCCUGCCUGGGCGCCGCGCUGCCGCCGCUGCUGGGCUGGAACUGCCUGCGCGAGCCGGGCGCCUGCAGCGUGCUGCCGCCGGUCACCCGGGAGCACGCCGCCGUGCUGGCCGUGGCCUUCCUGCUGCUCUUCGCCCUGAUGCUGCAGCUGUACCUGCAGAUCUGCAGGAUCGCCUUCCGGCACGCCCAGCAGAUCGCCGUCCAGCGCCAGUUCAUCGCCGCCGCGCAGGCCACCUCCCCGCGCAAGGGCCUCUGCACCCUGGCGCUCAUCCUGGGCACCUUCGCCGUCUGCUGGAUCCCCUUCGCCAUCUACGCGCUGGUGGCCGACGCCAGCUACCCACCCGUCUACACCUACUCGCUGGCCCUGCCGGCCACCUGCAACUCCCUCAUCAACCCCAUCAUCUACGCCUUCCGAAACCCGGACAUCCAGAAGUCCCUCUGGCUGGCCUGCUGCGGGUGCGUCCCGUCGGGCGUCUCCGCCAGGCCCAGGACCUCCAGCGAUGUAUGAGACUGCUCGGCCCCCGCCGAUCGGUUUGAACCUCGUCUCUCUCGCGGUCACGAAGCUCUCUCCAGCAGCAGCGGGGAGGAAAGGACGCGGGACUUAAAAGCACCCGCCUUUCUUUGGGAAAGGAAACGGGGUGCAAGAGUCCAUCCGUGUGCAUUUGUUUUGGCGCCAAGGGUUUAUUUUCUUACACACGGUUUUGUUUUCCAAACACCCCGCCCCGCCCCUAGGAUGUGUCUGGCAGGUGACUUCUCCCCCCCCCCCGCCCUCCAUCUUUUAAAGGGAGGGCAGAGUGGUGGGGAAGACGAGAUCUGCGGCCGGGACGGAUUUUGCUCAAGCAUAAUUGCAAAAGGACUGGUGGUUGUUCUUUGAACCUACCCCUUUCAUUCUGAGUUCUCAAUUCCUCCUUUCCCUCCAAGGUCCCGUGAUUGAGAGUCCAAACCAGCGGUGGGCAGCGGUGUUCUCUGGGACAGGGAUCCCCGAAGUUGUUGACUACAACUCCCAGCAUCCCCCACUUCCCUCGUGUUCAUCAGUUUUUGGAGCAGGCAUCUAGGAGGAGGAGGAGAGUCUGCCUCGUGGCUGGGGGGCGGGGGCGCCUGCCUCCCCUUUACACGGGAGCUCAGUUUUGUAUAUGGAGAGGGAGGUUUGGCAGCGCAAGAGCCGAGAGCCGAAAAGCUGCGUAAAUGCUUCUCUUCCGCUUCAUCUUGAAUGUGGAGUUUAAAAAACAACAACAAAAAACCAUAAACCAACAGUUUGCAGGGAAUUUCCCCGAGGGGAAGCGUAGGCUGCUCAGCUGGGGUUUUUCUUUCACUGGAAUCCCGCUCUGCUCUGCAAUAACAUCAAAUGGGGUGUGUGUGUGUGUGUGUACACACACACACACACCCCCCCCAUCUGAUGUUAUUGCAUGGCAGAGCAGAGCGGGAUUCCAGUGAAAGGAUAUCUAUAAAAGUGAUGUAUGUAUUAUAAAAGCAGGCAGGGGUGUAGCUAUAAUCGAGCAGAUGGGUCCAAAGAAUUCGGAGCCGCAGCUCCACCCCUCCCUAUUUUCUUCAGUAUCUCCCUGACUCCGAAGGGCUAUAGGGGAGAGGAGCAAACAGGGCCCCCUCUCCCCUAGCUCCCCUCCCUCCCUCUCCCCCAGCAUCAUGGGUGGCGUUUACACUGCCGGGUUGCUUCCGAUCCCAGAGACGCUUCAGCACCAUCAGGGCUGGACAGCUCCAGGGAAGUGCUGGAGGAGGCGGAGGAAGGCGCCCGCCUGGGUGUCUGGGGACCUUGCUCUGGUCUGGGCUACGGUGCUGUGCAUUAGCCCUGGGGCCAGCGAGAAGGAGGGCCUCUGAGCCAGCUAUAGGCAGUUGCCACGCCUCCUCGGCGUGGCCUCCCCUCCCUCCCCCCCCCCCCAUGUGGUUGCACAGUUUGGCUGAGUAGAAGUAGAAGGGCUGCUGCUGCUCCCUACAUGGUUGGUCGGGAUUUGAGGGGGCACCCAGGACCGAAAGCACUUUAAAUCCGCAUUAUAUCACUGUGUGAGGCUACAGCAGAGCCUUUGUAUGUUGUCUUUUGCCAAUGCACUUAAAGUGACUCCAGAGACUGUUGGGGUAACAUGGACUGGUCCAAAAUGAAGGCCGGUGGAGGGAUGGAGAAACAAAGAUGGCACCACCAGCAUGUGGUGGAUAAGAUCAGGAACCUCGAUGGCUUUUAAUUUUAGGAGGGGGAGGGUCGUGCUGGUUGUCAAAGGGAUCACAUUUAUUUGGGGAGCGAAGAGGGUUGCCUUGAGGCUGGCUGAUCUGACCUUCUGUAUCCCUCGAUUUAUUUCUCUGAAUGGGGACACUUUGCCCAACACGCUUGCCUCUGGGCCUGCUGUUUUGUGAUGUGAAAUGAGAAGAGGAUAAAGUGCCCUUUAGCACAGGGCUGGGCUGGGGGUGAGGAAGCUGUUGUUGUUGUUGUCCAGGAACCACGAGGGACGGAAGUUUGAGAGCGGCAUGUUCAUUAUUUCUAUCGAUGUAAACCACUUUGGGAACUUCAGCUGGAAAGCGGCAUAUGAAUAUUCGUGGUAUUAUUUUGGUCAAGGAAGCGAUCAGAAUUUUGUCGAGCAAAAUCUUUCAGGGAACCAGUGGGAAGCAUCCAGCCUAGCCAGGGAGUCAUGACUAAGCACCAUUGAAAUCGAUGAGACAUGUCAGUCAUGACUAACUUAACUCCCGUGGAUUUUGAGGGGACUUAAUGACUAAGGGGAAAUGGCUUGACUAGCAAGCCAGAGGUUGCUGGUUUGAAUCCCUGCUGGUAUAUUGUUUCCCAGACUAUGGGAAACACCUAUAUCGGGCAGCAGCGAUCUAGGAAGAUGCUGAAAGGCCUCACCUCAUACUGCGCAGGAGGAGGCAAUGGUCAACCCCUCCUGUAUUCUGCUGAAGACAACCACAGGGCUCUGUGGGUGCCAGGAGUUGACACCAACUUGACGGCACACUUUACUUUAAUGACUAAUUUGGUCUAGAUGCUGCCUGAUGUGACCAGUUCCAUAGAGGAAGCAUCAUGGAUCUGAGAUACCCCUGUUUUCCUUUUCUCAGUUAAAACGGGUCAGGGCUGGGGCAGGUGACACAUCUAUGCACCGGAUGGAAACCUUUCAACCUGGCAUGCACUGUACCCGCAUAGUUGGGGAGGGGCAUUUCCCACCUCUAUAGAUGCUUUCACAAGGGUGACAAAAAGUGCCACUUUUCAUCACUAAGCAUCACUACUGCCUCUCUAGCAGGUGUUUCUGAUCCCUGUGCAUGCGGUCAGUGGGACCUGCAGUGCGCAUAACAGCCAUUUUGAACCCAGAGAGGAGCGUCCCUAGAAAUGUGGCUGUCUAUAUUUUGAAUAAUUGCUGGGUAUGGUUAGUGUGGUUCUCCUGUCUAUACACUCAGUCUCAAACCGGACUCUUAUUUGUAGCCCGUUCACGUUUUUGUCCCACACAGUCGCAUCUGGGCUGUCUUGUCUUUUUUUGUGGCCAGGAUGAGUUAUCAUUUAUGGCCGGAGUGGCCAAGCUGAGGCUCUCCAACGGCUGCUGGACUACAACUCCCAUCAUCCCCUGCCACAAUGGGGAUUAUGGGAAUUGUAGUCCAACAACGGCUGGAGAGCCUCAGCUUGGCCCACCUCAGUGGCUGCCACUGGGGGAAGUAAACAUGUUUUCAUCUCUCCCCUCCGCAUAAUGUUUAGCAAUGCAAAACUCUUUGAUGUGGCAUCUGUGUGCUGAGAUUCCACACCCCUGCAACCAGCAGAAAAUGAAGCAGAGCAGGGACAGAGAAACUCACAAUGCAGCGGUAUUGCAUCAUGGGUUUUGUCUUAUUAAAAGUUUUGUGUGUGGAUGGAGAGAGAAAGAGAGGAAGGACACUGCUGCGACUUUCAGCAACAGCCAUGUGAACACAAGAACAGCCUUCCGGAUCAGGCCCAAGGCAGCCUUUCCUGUUCCACACAGUGGCCCACCAGAUACCUCUGAGAAGCCCACAGGCAAGAGGUCUGUGCAUGCCCCCUCUCCUGCUGUGGCUCUCCUGCAAUUGCUAUUGAGAGGCAUCGUGCCUCUGAGGCUGGAGUUGGCCAGUAGCCACCAGACUAGUAGCCAUCACUAGACCUGUCCUCCAUGAAUGUGUCCAUAAGACCAUGUGGUGACUGUAAGGUGACAUUCUAGAGAUCUGGCCAUGCCUCCCCGUUAGAAAACCCUGUGGCAUUUCUAAGAGUUCAAAAAGCGAGCAAAUGAAGGAAUACCAGUUGCAGGGGAGUAACAGCAGGAGAGAGGACAUGCCCUCAACAGCUGCCUGUGGGCUCCCCAUAGGCAUCUGGUGGGCCACUGUGCGAAACAGGAUGCUGGACUCGAUGGGCCUCCUUGGGCCUGAUCCAGCAGGGCUGUUCUUAUGUACCAUGUAGAUUGGUGCAGCCUCAUUGCCAAACUGAAACUUUAUGCUGUGUUAUACUGUUAUUCUAAAAGCAUGGAAGUGUUUGUGACAGCACCCCAGGGUGCCAAUUGCCAGCUAUGUUCAGACUGGCUCCCAGCCAGGCUGUUCCUGUGUGUCCCCCCCCCCCCCCCGCCUUGAUUCCUAUGCUGACUCCUCCCAACUCAUCAAUCCCCACCCCCACCCCUGUUUAGGGUUCAGGAGUCUCACACUUUGGAGACCGCCUUACUAUCACACGUGCACUAAAAAAGCUCACCAUCUGUAGAAGAAAAAAAUGUGACCCAAAGGCCCUGGAGGGUCCCCUUUUGACUUGAAAGUUGUGUCUAGAACAGCCUGGUUGGUUCAGCACAUUGAGUCUAUGAAGGUCUUCUGAACGCCGUGGUGUGGAGGGGUCUUGUUGGUGCGCUUCAUGGUGGUGAGGCCAUUUCUGAAGGGGCCGGUGGACAGAACGGAAUGGCAAGCCAGUGUUUUUCAAACAGGACUGUGCUCAUUGCUCCCCCAAAGCGGGGGGCGGAUGCUCUGCUACUAUUCCACGAUGCUUCAACCAAGCCCCAGUAAUGCACUUUAUGGAUGAGUGAGGGGUGGGGGGAAGAGAAAGAAAUCAAAGGAGUUAUUGCACUGUCUCUCUAUGGCGUACAAUAUGAUGCAUUCAUCUGUUAAGAGUAAUUUAUUUUUAUUACUGUACAUAAAAAUGUUCAAGUGAUUUGUCAAGAUAAUAUUGAUAAUUAUUUAAAAAAUAAAUUCAACCCCCCCCCCAAGAUAUUUCAAGUUCUGGGCCACCACUGACCCAGGUCUGUGCCAAA